CUGCGCCUGCCUUGCCCCCUGGAACUGGUGGCAUCCUGUGUGGGACCCCGAAGCAUGGGGACGGUCAGCGAGCUCUGCGCCUCCAGCUUCCAGGCCUUUCUCUGCCCCUCGGUGGCUGCCAAGGCAGUGCCCAGUGACUUGACCCCAGAGGAGUGCCAGGAGCUGGAGAACAUCCGCCGCCGCAAGCAGGAGCUGCUGGCUGACAUACAGCGCCUGAAGGAUGAGAUAGCAGAAGUGACAAAUGAGAUCGAGAGCCUGGGCUCCACGGAGGAGAGGAAAAACAUGCAGAGGAACAAGCAGGUGGCGAUGGGCAGGAAGAAAUUCAACAUGGAUCCCAAGAAGGGCAUCCAGUUCCUGAUUGAGAAUGACCUGCUGAAGAACACGUGCGAGGACAUCGCUCAGUUCCUGUACAAGGGAGAAGGCCUCAACAAGACAGCCAUCGGUGACUACCUGGGCGAGAGGGAUGAGUUCAACAUCCAAGUCCUGCAUGCCUUCGUGGAGCUGCACGAGUUCACCGACCUCAACCUUGUGCAGGCCCUGCGGCAGUUCCUGUGGAGUUUCCGGCUGCCCGGGGAGGCGCAGAAGAUCGACCGGAUGAUGGAGGCCUUUGCGCAGCGGUACUGCCAGUGCAACCCCGGUGUCUUCCAGUCCACAGACACAUGCUACGUGCUCUCCUUUGCCAUCAUCAUGCUGAACACGAGUCUGCACAACCCCAAUGUGAAGGACAAGCCCACGGCGGAGCGGUUCAUCGCCAUGAACCGCGGUAUCAAUGACGGGGGAGAUCUGCCUGAGGAGCUGCUCCGGAAUCUCUACGAGAGCAUCAAGAACGAGCCCUUCAAAAUCCCUGAGGAUGAUGGCAACGACCUCACGCACACCUUCUUCAACCCUGACCGCGAGGGCUGGCUCCUGAAGCUUGGAGGAGGCAGGGUGAAGACAUGGAAGCGGCGCUGGUUCAUCUUGACCGACAACUGCCUUUACUACUUCGAGUACACAACGGAUAAGGAGCCCCGUGGCAUCAUCCCCCUGGAGAACCUGAGCAUCCGUGAGGUGGAGGACUCGAAGAAGCCCAACUGCUUCGAGCUCUACAUCCCUGACAACAAGGACCAGGUGAUCAAGGCCUGCAAGACAGAGGCAGAUGGGCGUGUGGUGGAGGGGAACCAUACUGUGUACCGCAUCUCUGCCCCCACACCCGAGGAGAAGGAGGAGUGGAUCAAGUGCAUCAAGGCAGCCAUCAGCCGGGACCCCUUCUAUGAGAUGCUGGCUGCCAGGAAGAAGAAGGUCUCCUCCACCAAGAGACACUAGCAGCCAGACUGGCCUUGUGAGGCCAGCGUGCCCUCGGCAGCCCAAGCGUCCCCCUGGCCGGGGGUCUGUGCGGUGGGGGCUGCGCUGCAGCCUGGCCCUCAGGGUCUAGGGCCCAACUUCAGCUUCAUUGUUUCUUUUCCGUGGGGGGAGGGAGGGGGCACAGGCAUCUCAGUGCCUCUGCCCCUCCAUCACUGCCUCAUCACCAGGACAGUGUCUUCAUGGGCUCAAGCUGGGACACAGCACCCCUGGGAGCUCCAGCCUCAGCACCACAGGCACCCUCCCUGCUCCUGACCCCCAGCAACCCUGCGGCUGCACGUGGCGCUGCAUCCCCCCAGCACUCGUGUCCAGACACACUUGGGGUGUCCCAUCAAGAGGAUGAGCAGCUGUCAGUGAGUAGCUGGCAGUUUUGGGGUGCCCCAGGUGCUGGGGUGCAGGGCAUCAGGCCCAGGGAGGCCCCACAGAGACACAGCUCCCGGCCCUCGUUGUAGCGGGCCUGGGUCUGUCCUGGGUGUCCCCACGCUGCUGCCUCAGACCCUCACAGCUGCCCCCUGCAUCAGGAACGGUCCCCAUGGGCACAGGAGUGCCAAAGGGCAGGGACUGUCACCAUCACGGUCUGCAGUGGUGCCACACAGGGCGCAGACGUGCACUCAUCCAGCCUUGGGGGUUGUGGCUUGGAUGAGGUGGCACUGGGUGGCAUUGCCCCUGGCACAUCCUUGCAGCACAGCCCCCUCGUGCCAGGGGCAUGGUGCCAUGGUGGGACAUGCCCAGAUCUGGAGCCUGCCCUGAGAAUGGCUGUGGCAAGGGUCUGGAUGGGUGGGGGCUGCAGUCCCUCACUCUCUGCCUCACAAUCCGCCCAUGUCAAGUCCUGUCCCUGCGCAUGGUCUGGAGAUGCCUGGAUCAGUAUUAGUCUAUUUAUCAGAGAUGUAAAUACUCCUGUAUAGUUUUCUCCUUGUAGAUUAUUUUGUAUGUGGGUGGUUCAGUGCAGAGGCCUCGCGGGGCGGGGGGGCAGGAUUUUUUAUUCUAACUUUUUUUUUUUUUUUUGCCAUGGCCUUGUAAACUAGUGCUGAGGAUUGGCAGCAAAUAAACACUGCACUGCGCUCCA